AUGGGUUACGAUAGAAUCAGUGCACUGCCGGAUCAUUUGAUAACUGAGAUACUCUUAUGGCUCCUGACCGGGGAUUCUGUUAAGACAAGCCUUUUAUCGACCCGAUGGAGAAACCUAUGGCUUGAUGUUCCGGGGCUAGACUUUAAACUCCCUUUUACCAAUACAAAGGCUAGCUUCAUCGAAAGAUUUUUGGAAUUUAACCGUGAUGCACGCCUGAGAAAGUUCAAGUUAACGUAUCACAGGUGCAAGCCCAACAAGGGUCACCCCUUUGGAAUCAGAGAGUGGAUCGCUACAGCUAUAAGUCGCGGAGCUCAGCAUUUAGAAGUGGUUGAAAUUUUUGAUACCUCUUUGAAAAACAAAUUAGAGUUCAUGCCUCUAGACAUUUAUAAGAGCAAGACAUUGGUGUCUUUAAAUCUUGUACGAGUAGGGAUGUCGGAUCCCGACUUUGUUGUUUUUCUACCUUGUCUGAAGAACAUGUAUCUUGAACAAAUUAUGUGCAGUGGUAAGGAUCCUUCAUUCAUGGAGAAGCUCAUCUCUGGCUGUCCCGUUCUUGAAGGUCUAACAGUGUCUAGGUCUUUUGAUGACAACGUACUGGUUCUUCGUGUGAGAUCUAAGAGUCUUAAGAGGUUUAGUGUAUGGUCUGACUGGAUUGGAACCAAUGGUAGGGAGUUUGCGUUGGAGAUUGAUGCUCCAGGACUCAAAUAUAUGGACUUAGGAGAUCACCUAUCUCAAAGAAUAGUGGUGAAGAAUCUGAGAUCUUUGUUUAUGAUCGACAUUGAUUCCAUAUUCAAUGCUGGAAGUGACACUAAUUUGAAAAUGAAGAAAGAUGCUAUCGGUGAUUUUCUCAAUGGUAUUUCUCGUGUAAGGCAUAUGAUCAUCUCUCAGUAUACUAUGGAGGUUUUUAAUCGUUACCUGGGAUCCAUUCCCACAUUUAAUAACUUAUAUCGUUUAGAAGCUUCCUGCAACACGUCCUGCAACACGCACUUAUUACAAGUGUUACCCGAUUUUCUUGAGAGUUUCCCGAAUCUAAGACACCUCACACUGUGCACCUAA